UGUAAAAUAUAUUUUCAACCAGUGAGUUUUCCAACACACUUUUUUUUUUAACCUAAUUUGGCAAUCUCAUCCAUCCAACGACCUGAAGCCAACGAUACCAACCCUUCCGAUUCGGCCAUCCAUAAGUCCAUACAUAUCAUGAGAACGCAUCUCUUAGCUCCAGACUUGUUCUGGUUUUUUUUUUUUUUUUUGCUGUCUUGUGAGUGAAAUCGGUCUGGGAAGCCGCCAAGGCCUCCCCGAUUAAUCAAAAAAUGCCUAAAAGAUGAGAUUUUUUGUUGCUCUCUCUCGCUGGUCUCCCUCUUUGAUAGAAGGUCUCCAGCUGUAAACAAUACCACAGCCCUCCAGGGAUUGAACGUUUCUGUGCUCUCCCUCUCAAUUGAAGGUUUCUACUCUCCCUCAUGCAUGGUUACUUCUACUCUUUUCUUCAUUCGUUAAAACUGAUGCAUGAGGGCAUCUUCUCAUCGAUCUGCAACCACAACAUGCAACUUCAUCGAUCUUCAACGCCUGAGAGGCCAGGCGCGCGCAAAUUAAACAAGAUGUGAUUGCAUGACAAAGUCGAGUGCACGCCUGAGCCAGCCCUUGGUUCCGUGCCUGCCUAUAAUACUAAAAUUAUAGGGAAGCUGUUAGGGCAAGUUCACCGGGGCGUGUGGUGCCCGGGCACCACGUCAAAAGGUGACUGAAGUCACCAGAAACUCACUGUUCAUCGUUCCACCGAGCUGGGCUUCCCCAACAGUAGAUGACCCAGGACAGCAGCUCGGGCAACUUCCUCCCCGAGCCCGUGACCCAGGCCUCCAGCUGGCCCAAAAAGAUGAGCUGAGGGGAGACGCGCCAGGAAGGUAGAGUAGCGGCCACUCGCUUGUCUUCUAGCGGAGGAAACGCUGCAGCGCGUGGGAGGCCGGAUUUUGUCCGGUUGUGGCAUGUGGUCUUCCUGACGUGGCGUCUAGCCGUUGGUUUGCUUGGAAAAUUGAAGCCAACGGUCCACAGAUCUUGACCGUUGGUUUUAAUUAUGAAUGAGAUCUGAUGGACAUCAAUUAAGGAGUUAGAUAAAUGGAGAAAAGGAAAAAUAUAUAUAAUGUUUGUAACCGUUAAAUUACAACGGUAACAAAAAAAAUAUAACCACAAUUUCCUAUAAAUACCUCACCUCCUAAUUUACCUCUCACACCAAAAAAAUCAUCUUUCUUCCUCAAAAUUUUUUGUUCCUUCUCCUCAUAGCUUUCAUACUCUACAAUUUUUUGAUUCCAAUAUGAGUGUACGAGGCAAUACGAUUGUCCAACCCGUAGGAAAUCCAAGUAUUGACGGGACACGUUGGCAGACUAUUGAAGACAUUCAAUUGUGCAAGUCUUGGAAGGCUGUUAGCCAAGAUCCGGCAAUCGGUACGGAUCGAAGAAAAGAUGAUCUAUGGAUAGAGGUACGCCAACACUAUGCCGAACAUUGGGAUGGAUAUGUCCGAACAUUGCAAGCUUUUCAAGGGAGGUGGAAAACCUUGAAAGUCGAACUUUAUGCUUGGCAUUGUGCGUUAAGGCAAGCGAAAUUGUGGUACAAGAGUGGUGCGAAUAUGAUUGAUGAGGUACGUCAAGCACAAGAUUUGUGGAGAGCUGCGAUGACCAAAUCGAAAGGAAAACCAAAAAAAGGUGAUUUCAUUAGUUUAGAAUGUUACGAGAUUGUUAAGGGGUUUCAACAAUUUGAUGACAUUCCAAACCAUUCCUCUUCGGCUGGAGGAACCUCCAGGGGAGGAACUGAACCGAUCCACACACAACAAUCCGUUCCUGAUUCUCAUGUCCAGUUGGACAUAGAUGCAGAUGAGGUAAACGCCGAUGCAACUCCCAAUCCUUCGGUGAGGCCUCAAGGAAAGAAGGCUGCCAAAGAAGCUCUUCGGAAAGGAAAGAAAGCAUCUAAUGAUUCCAGUCCUCUGACAGCCGCUGUGGAGACUAUAGCAACCAACCAAACAUCAAUGCUGUCUGCCAAGGAGAAACGUGAUGAGGAAUAUGCUCGACAUCUCCGUGACCAACAACAACGAGAUUAUAUACGCUUGCAAUUGGAUAUUCAAGAUCAACAAUUCAAAAAUCAAGAGAGGGAAGAGCGUAUUAUGGAGAUGGACACAAGUAAGAUGACGCCAACCAAAAAGAAUUACUGGCAAAGAAAACAAAAAAAAAUUGCGGAGAAAGAAGCUGAAGAUGCAACCCGUGGAUCUGGCUUCCCACAACCACCAUUCACCGGUGGAUAUUAUCCACAACCUCCUUUCCCCGGUGGCUAUCCACAACCUCCUUUCCCCGGUGGCUAUCCACAACCUCCUUUCCCCGGUGGGUAUUAUCCACAAUCUCCUUUCCCCGGUGGCUUCCCACAACCACCAUUCACCGGUGGUGUCCCUUCCCCACCUUUCUCUUCGGGUGAAUCCACCAACCCCAACCAUAUGGAUGACCCCACAAACACAAAUUGGAUUCCUAAUGAAGAUGAGGAUUAGGAAAAUUAGGGUGUUAUAUAUUUUAAAUAAUUGUAUUGUUAUGAUUCCAAUGCUUGGUUUUUCACUUAUGUAAUAUUAGAUUGAUGAAAUGAAAAUUUAUUUGUCCAUUGCCAAUACAAAUGAAAAGCUAAAUGAAACCACACAAACAUAAUUAAAAACAUAAAAACUAAAGUAGAAACCACACAAACAUAAUUAAAAACAUAAAAACUAAUAGAAAACACACACAAAUAGCAGAUCUAGAUACUCCUAUUGCCUUGAAAUUCCCAAAAGUGUUGAAUGAUGUCUUCCUGAAGGUUGGAGUGACUGUGCUCAGAUCUAAUUUGUUGGUAGCGGUCCAUGAAUCCGUUCAUAUGAUGAGCAUCUCUACCAACAGGAUCAAAGUCUCUACCGGUUGGUCCCUCCCAUACCUCAGCAAUCCUGGGCCUCAUAUUGUUAUCCUCCUCAUCAUCGGACUCCAACUCAUCAUCGCUGUCUUCAGGUCGUUCAUUUUCGACAAUCAUGUUGUGUAAUAUAAUACACGUCAACAUAAUGUAUCGAAGGUCCUCUUUAUGCCACCCACGAGCAGCUCCUCUAACAAUGCCAAACCGUGACUGUAAUAUACCAAAACAUCUCUCUACAUCUUUCCUAUACCCCUCUUGAGCCUUUGCAAACUCGAUUUCCUUGGGGCGUGUAGGAUUUCGAACAGUUUUCAAGAAAGUCGCCCAUCGAGGAUAAAUACCGUCGGCGAGAUAGUACCCUAGAUUGUGAGCUCUGUUGUUAACUUGGAAUUGGAUCAGAGGUGCUCUACCGGGGGUAAGCUCAUCAAA